AUGCCAAAUCUAAGGCCGAGCAUAUUAAAACUAGCAUGUGUAAUAUUGGCGUUUCUUAUAAUUACCUAUCUGCUCUCUUCUACUAUACCUGAUUGGAAGAGAGUCGCCUCAACACUGCCAUUGGAAACUGUUGUUGAUAAGGAAAAUCAAGAAAUUGUACAGAAUUUGAAGGAAGUCAAGUCUGGAAUUGAAGAUAAGGUAAUAUUUUGAAAAAACUUAAAGGUAUUGAUACCUAAACAUUGAAAAAAUAGCUUUUUUUGACUAUUGGCAGCCAUUUUAAGCCCAAAUUUUUGUUAAUAAUUUCAAAAAUUUUUAGACCCCACUGAUCCUCCUCUACACAACAGUGUUCCGAGAAGCCCCCAGGCCACCUACUGAUUGUAAAGUAAAAUGUGAUUUCUCGACGAACAAAGAUGACAUACGAAUUGCGGAUGCUGUAGUAUUUCAUGGCGGAGACUUUAUGGUGUCAGACGUGCCUAGAGAGAGGGGCCAACCUUUCCAAAAAUGGGUUUUCUGGUCGAUGGAAGCGCCUGGAGCCAAGUUUUUGACCGAAAAGGAUGGAAUUCCAGGUAAGUUGGAUUUGGGGAGGCUUUGGUAGGGUUUUUGAAGAAGGUAGGGUAAACUAGGGCAGGGUCGAACGAGGUGGUUAGGGUAGGUUCGUUUAGGGUAGGGUAAGGGUGGUUUGAGAGUAGGGUUUUGUAAUAUUACUGUAAGAUGAGGGCGGGGUAAAGCAAAGUAGGGUAGGACAAACUAAAAUCAAUACUAUGUGGACGAAAUGUAAAUCUUUUUAUAAAGGUAGGGUACUGUGAACUUAAGGUAUUGCAUUUUAGGGUAGGGUAGUGUAGGGUAAAGUAGAGUAAGGUAGAGUAGGAUAGGGUAGGGUAGGUAGGGUAGGGUAGGGUAAGUAUGGCCCUAUUACGGUAUGGUAAAGUUAGAUAAAGCUACUUUAACCUAACCCACUCCCAUUUUCAGCCCUAAAACCAGACUGGAUGAUGACCUAUUCCUACGCAUCAGAUAUUAAACAUGUCUACGGUGGAUUCUUCGUGCCUCCAGAUGAGGCUAAAAAACGAAAUUUCCAUCCAAUUGCCAAUUUUACUACAGAACAAAUCCUAAAAGACAAACAAUUUCAUGGAGCUAUCGGCUUCAUUUCGAAUUGUGUCAAUAAGGAAAGGCUUCGCGUGGCUAAAGCUUUGUCUAGGUAAGGACAUUACUAUAGACGAAGAUGUCAAUAGGAUGAGAGAGAAGGGUGAAUAGAGGUGGACCUACCUCUAAAUGGCAAAAACUUUCUUUACAAACCAGAAAAUAGCAAGAACUUUCUUUACAAACCAGAAAAUAGCAAGAACUUUCUUUACAAAACAGAAAAUGGCAAGAACUGUCUUUAUAAAACAAAAAAUGGUAAGAACUUUCUUUACAAACUAAAAAAUGGCAAGAACUUUCUUUCCAGGUACAUACGAGUAGAUAUCGGUGGUAAAUGUGCCUACGACAAGUCAAAAGUUGAUUUAUGCCCCCACGGUAAAGAUUGCACCCCAAUAAUCAACUGGAGCUACUUCUACCUGGCGUUUGAGAAUGUCAUCUGUGAUGACUAUGUGACAGAAAAGAUGACCAACACAUUGAGUUUACCCAUCAUACCAAUUGUAAUGUCAAAGAGAGUUUACAAGAAGUAAGCGAGAUAAGCUUAAAAUUAUGUGCUAUGCCUAAGGUUGCAUAACUAAGCCUAAAAUUGAGUAACUAAGCCUAAAUUUUCUCUGUUAAGCCUAAAUUUACUGCCUUAAGCCCAAACUUAUGUGCUAAGCCUAAACUUGCGUUAAUAAGUUUAAACUGGUGUUCCAUAAGCCUAAAAUUGCGUAACUAAGCCUGAAAUUGUGUGCUGCUAAGCCUAAAAUUGCGCAACUAAGCCUAAAAUUGCGUAACUAAGCCUAAAAUUGUGUGCUGCUAAGCCUAAACUUGCGUAACUGAUGUAAGCAUAAAAUUAUGUGCGCUAUGCCUAAAAUAGUGUAACUAAGCCUAAAUUCUCUGCGCUAAGUUUAAAAUUAUGAUGUAAUCCAAAAGUUGUGUAACUAAGCCUGAAUUGUCUGCUAAGCCUAAGCUUGCCUAAAUAAGACCAAAGUUGCAGCGUUAAGCUUAGAAUGCGUGACUGAACCUAAAAUUAUCUGCUAAGCCUAAAAUUGCGUAACAAAGCUAAAAGUGCUUUGCAAUAAGCCUAAUCAUAAGCCUUAAGUUCUGUACACUAAGCCUAAUGUUAAUUACCACAAUUUCAGUCGAUUCCCACCAGAAGCAUUCAUAGCUGUGGACGACUUUAAAAAUGUCAAGGAGUUGGCUAAACACUUGACAUAUUUGAUGAAACAUCCAAAAGAAUACGUCAAGCUGUUCGAAUGGAGGAAACAAUGGGGAAGGGCGGCUUGGGAGAGCUCUGGCUAUGAAAAUGGUAGGUUUUUAAAGUUUUAAUCGAAAAUGUCAUAUGGACUUGCUGUUGUAGGUAAAAGGGUUUAAAAAUGAAAGUAUUAGGCUUAAAGAGCUCUAAAAUUUAGGCCUAAAAAGCCUUAAAAAUUGAUUUUUUAGGCUAAAAACCGUUAAGGACCUUUUUAAUACAAAAAACAUUUUAAAACGAUGUAUGUUAGGCUUAAUCUAUCCAAAAAUUUAUAUUUUAAGUCGAAAAGUCUUAAAAUAAAGUUUUUUUAAACGUUUUAAAUGGUUGGACACUACCUUAGGCUAAAAAUACUUAAAAUAUAAAAAUUUAGGCCUGUGCGGACUAUGUAAAAAGCUCCAAACAGACGGCUUAAGUAAGACCGAGCCAAUUCAAAAUAUCACAGAAUGGCGAGAAGAACGUGGUGAAUGCUCUACCACCGUUCUACCCUCAUCCUUCUACCGGUAA